AUGCAAACCUCUCCAAUUAUCUCUACUAAACGCUUCGAAAAAAUCAGCGAUACUCUACCUGCAUCUCCUAUUGUCAAACAACUUUCAACUCAAGCUCCUAAUACCACUAUUCUUUUCCCUUCAUUCAAUAUCAAUCCUACACCAACUGCUAUUAUUCCUCAUUCUCAACAUGUUCAUACAUGU